UCCCCUCGCUCCUCUCCCUCCCCCCUCCCUCCUUCCCGGCGGCGGCGGCGGCGGCGGCUCGGGAGCCGGGCGCGGCUGGCGGCGGCCCGAGGCGCGGCCGGGCGGGAUCAUGGCGGACGGCGUGGACCACAUCGACAUCUACGCCGAUGUGGGCGAGGAAUUCAACCAGGAAGCUGAAUAUGGUGGACAUGAUCAGAUUGAUUUAUAUGAUGAUGUAAUUUCUCCAUCUGCGAAUAAUGGAGAUGCCCCAGAAGAUCGUGAUUACAUGGAUUCACUCCCACCAUCUGUUGGGGAUGAUGUAGGUAAAGGAGCUGCACCAAAUGUUGUCUAUACAUAUACUGGAAAGAGAAUUGCCUUAUACAUUGGAAAUCUUACCUGGUGGACAACAGAUGAAGACUUAACUGAAGCAGUUCAUUCACUGGGGGUAAAUGAUAUUUUGGAGAUAAAAUUUUUUGAAAAUCGUGCUAAUGGCCAGUCUAAAGGGUUUGCCCUUGUGGGUGUGGGAUCAGAAGCAUCCUCCAAAAAGUUGAUGGAUUUGUUGCCUAAAAGAGAAUUGCAUGGGCAGAAUCCUGUUGUAACUCCAUGUAAUAAGCAAUUUCUGAGUCAGUUUGAAAUGCAGUCAAGGAAAACCACACAGUCUGGCCAGAUGUCUGGGGAAGGUAAAGCUGGUCCCCCAGGAGGAAGCUCACGAGCAGCAUUUCCACCUAGUAAUAGAGGGCGAGGCCGUUUUCCAGGUGCCAUUCCAGGUGGAGACAGAUUCCCUGGACCGGCAGGGCCAGGAGGGCCACCACCACCUUUCCCAGCUGGACAAACUCCCCCACGUCCACCUUUAGGUCCUCCUGGCCCACCAGGCCCACCAGGCCCUCCGCCUCCUGGUCAGGUCCUCCCACCUCCGUUAGCUGGACCUCCUAAUCGUGGUGACCGUCCACCACCACCCGUUCUGUUUCCAGGACAGCCCUUUGGUCAGCCUCCACUUGGGCCACUUCCUCCAGGCCCUCCGCCACCAGUUCCAGGCUAUGGGCCACCACCAGGUCCGCCACCACCUCAGCAGGGUCCACCUCCACCUCCGGGUCCAUUUCCCCCUCGUCCGCCUGGCCCUCUUGGGCCGCCCCUGACUCUUGCUCCUCCUCCACAUCUCCCUGGGCCACCUCCAGGUGCUCCACCACCUGCACCACAUGUGAAUCCAGCUUUCUUCCCCCCACCUGCCAAUAGUGGCAUACCUACUUCAGACAGCCGGGGCCCACCUCCAACAGAUCCAUAUGGCCGACCUCCACCGUAUGACAGAGGUGACUAUGGGCCACCUGGAAGGCGUUUCACUGGAAAUAACAUGUCCAUAAGAGAAAAAUUACAUAUUCCAUUCUAUGGGAGGCACACGAAAAAUAAUACUCAAAACUCAGGGAGAGAAAUGGAUGCUGCAAGGACACCGCUAAGUGAAGCAGAAUUUGAAGAAAUCAUGAAUAGAAAUAGGGCGAUCUCGAGCAGUGCCAUUUCGAGAGCUGUAUCAGAUGCCAGCGCUGGGGACUAUGGAAGUGCUAUAGAGACCUUGGUAACUGCAAUUUCCUUAAUUAAACAGUCCAAAGUAUCUGCAGAUGAUCGCUGUAAGGUUCUUAUUAGCUCUCUCCAGGACUGCCUUCAUGGAAUUGAGUCCAAGUCUUAUGGUUCUGGAUCCAGAAGACGUGAGCGAUCCAGAGAGAGGGACCACAGUAGGUCACGAGAAAAAAGUAGGCGCCACAAAUCACGCAGUAGAGAUCGUCACGAUGACUAUUAUCGGGAAAGAAGCCGUGAAAGAGAGAGGCAUCGUGAUCGCGACAGAGAUCGCGACAGAGAACGAGACAGAGAGAGAGAGUAUCGUCAUCGCUAAAGAAGCUGAAGGAAGAGGAACAGCGUGCAAGACAAGAUACAUUCUUCAAGGAAAGAUGCUUGUCCAGCAGUUUGCUUCAUGUGAUUGAACUGAGCCUGUAAGGAUUCAUGGAUAAAAUGAACAGGAAUAGAUCUGAAUAAAGCAAAUCUGCAUACAUGGUAACCAGUAGCUCUUUUACUUUUUUAUGUUGCUUAACUGUUUUAUUUGAGGGAAACCUGUGUGAUUUAAACCUUAUAGCUUUUGCAACUUUAUUACUGGUUAUAUACAUUUGGCAAUUAUAAUGUGCAAGCAAUUGGAAAAAGUCAAGUAAAUGCUUGUUUUUAUAGUAGUUUGUUCAUGUUAAACUGUUCAUAUGAUAAUGUCUGUACACAGCACCACUUUGAUUACAGUAGAUGUAGUGUUGUAAUAAACUGUUUAAUGGGG